CAUUUGCACGACUGGCCAUUGAGUGCUGGCAAAAUUGCCGUUAAUACGGUUUAUUUUUUAAUUUAAAAGCUAUAACUUUAGGCGGUAAAAUGGAUAAAAUUGAACAGUUACUCAGUAAGCAGGUUGAAAUCAUUGACCGCAUAGAAACAUUUUUCAAACUUCAAGCUUGUAAGGCGGAAAUACUGCCGGAGUUAAUCAAUCUACAACACAAGACAAGUUCUAGUUUCGAGAGCCUGAAUGCCGCCAAAACGGCGAUCGAUCGGUUUCGAAACAAUCUCGGACCAUGGUACGUAGAUGAAAUACGGAAAGUUCGUAGAAACGAACAGCUCAUACUGCAACUUUUGGAACACCUGGAACGAGUACCAUCCAAUAGCAGGAAUGGACCGCUGAAGGAACAAAACACGAAUAUCAAACAGGAAAAAAUGUCCAUACCUUCAACGGUAGAGAAAAUGUCAUUGGCCGAUUAUCAGAAAUCACCAUUCGUGGCAAAAAUGAAACCUCGCUGCUUGUCGUUUUUGGACUUCAACAUUCACAUUAGUUCGGAGGAUUUUGAGCAUAUUCCCAAAUAUAUGCGGGGCCGGGAAUCCCUGGCUGAGCUAUUGGCAUUCCUCGAGACCACCAUCGUCAGCUGCUUCGAGGAGAAGUAUUCACUGCUGUACAAGAACAAGGCAGCCGUCACGAAUCAACAGGAUUUAGCCAUGUGGAAAACCUUCAAUCAGCAACAGCACGCUUUCCCGAAUAACAAAUUCAUCACAGAAGGUGAUAUAGCACGAAAAAUGGGUCGGCUAAUAGACAAGAAAGUUAACGUGAAACUGCAGAUGUUAAGGCAUCUGCGAAUUUUACAGGAAACGAGAAACGACGGUACGGUUUAUUAUAUUUGGAUAAGAGAAUAAACAGUAGUUGUGCUAUGAAUAAUAUGUUUUGGAUGAAGACUUAUCCGGGUUAUAAUUAAGAGCUAGGUAGAGUUCAUUAUUCGACUGAGUCUGAAUUGAGAUAUCAAAAACUAUUUAAAUUGGGAUUCAACAGUUUUUGAGGAUGUCUAAAUUUUUUUCUUGGACGCCAUAGAUAGUUAAAAUUGUAAAAUUCAUUGGCUAUUUGGAAAGCAAUUUUUUUUGUAAUUUAGCGAAUCGUUAUAAAUUUUGAAGAUGAAAAUCAAACAACAGAGCUUUACAACCCAUAAAAAUGAUUUGUUUAAAAGGUUGGAUACCUACUAGUAAAAUUUUCAUCCAUGGCUGUCAUCGAAAAUCCAAUACUGCUGUUUAGGGCGAAUUAUUUAUAUAUUGAAUGCCGAAAAUAAAAUUGUAGAAUGCAUUCGUAAUACGCAUUCUUCUUAGCCAU